GCCUCAUUCACCCGAGGAUGCCUAGCGAGGAUCCACUGAAAAACCCACUUGUUACUAUUAUAGUGGUUGAAGAAGUUCCAAUGAAAAGAUAAAGCAAUGAUACCAACCAUGGAGCCUUUGGCGAAUAUAACCGUGAACGUAUCUGCUGGUGAUGAGGAGCCAACCCAAUCGUUUAGCCUCGCCACGAUCACCCUUGCCGCCAUUGCAGCAGGGUUUGCCAGUCUUUUUACCGUAGCCGGAAAUCUUCUUGUCAUCAUUGCCUUCGCGCGAGAACGUCGUUUACGCAUCAUCGGCAAUUACUUCGUUUUAAGUAUGGCUGUUGCGGACUCGCUAGUCGGGUUGAUCUCCAUGCCAUUCUAUACGACGUAUCUCCUGCUGGGCAGAUGGCCAAUGGGUCCUCAUGUAUGUGAUGUCUGGUUAUCGCUAGACUAUGUCUGCUGCGCUGCUUCGGUCUUAGGUAUCUUCCUCAUCAGUGUUGACCGGUACAGGUCAUUGUCUGCUCCGAUGACAUACCGACAUCAAAUGACAAGACCUCGAGCUAUGGCCCUCAUUCUGGCCACGUGGGUUAUUUCAUUACUCCUUUUUGGAGUGCCGAUCAUCGGAUGGCAGUAUAUUGAGGGGAAAAGAACGGUAAAGGAGGAUCAGUGUGAAGUCCAGUUUGUUCAAAAUGCAUAUUUCACCGCGGGAUCAAUUAUUUUAAUAUACUGGUUACCGUUAUUCGUAAUCUUGGUGUUGUAUACGCGCAUUUACCUCCUUACGCGGAAACUUACGCGACGUCAGGCAAGGAUUAUAGGGAGACUCAGUAUGCGCACAAAAAAGAAGAGGCGAAGUCGAACGGAAACCAAUGUAACGAUGACCGAUGUAUUUCCUUCACGAACGGAGAACGGCACGCAUCGCGUGUCGGGGCCAACAGACUCUGACGAGACGCCACAGGAUCCAGAUCAUUAUAUUCCUGAUACAGCAUCUUCAGAAAUGGGCAAGGAGUUCGAUAUUAUUACUCCCUUGCCACAAAGGUGUAAUUCGGCGGACGAGAGCGACGAGUUCGAUGUAAAUAGCAAUGGCGGAGAUAAAACACCUGAUAAUUACAACAAGAAAGCAAAUUGGGCAACAUCGAUGCGCAGCGACAAUCAUUCUGUGUAUUCAGACUGUGACGCUGAAACCCACCCGAUGAAACGACCAAACAGCUGCUCAUCCCUUAACUCUGAUCGAAGGGGUCUUAAAUCAGCCAUGAGCAACUUCAAACACAAAGAUCAUCAUCUGGGCAAAGCGCUAUCAUCUGUCCUGGUAAAUUUACGCGAAGCGAAAGCCGUCAGGACCCUCAGCACAAUUUUAGGCUUCUUCAUUCUGUGCUGGACACCUUACAGUAUCUUAAUCAUCGUCAAGGGUUUCUGCGAUCCUUGCGUCAAUGACAGCCUUUUCGCGUUUACCUACUUCCUUUGUUAUAUCAAUAGUACUUGCAACCCGUUGUGUUACGCAUUCGCCAACCGAGAUUUUAAAGUCGCUUUCAAGAAAAUCCUGACUUGUGGCAGACGUCGUUACGAGUGGAAAGAUGUCUUCUGAAACGGAAAUUACCAUGGUUCUAUUAGUUAGUUCAAUGGAGUCGGCGUCGAAAAGAGUGGAGAUGUUGCGGCUGUUGUUCAUGUAUAGGUCUUCCUCUCAUGCUUAAAUCCGAUUUGGGCAAAAGCUAAGUGAAUUAGAAUACUACGCAUGAAGUCAAGAGCUGGGAGAUGUCGUAGAUCUAGACCAUAAAGUCGGAUCCAUCUGGGAGCAGACUGUGCACCAGCUCACUCCUCAGAGAAAACUAAACCCUAACACACAUGAAAUAUCAAGUGAAACUUGAAGUGGGUUUAAUUGAACUAUCCAAUCUGCGUGUUUGUAUUGACGAGAGGUUGCGGAGCGGAAAUAUCUGUACCAACAAGGAAACGAAUUCUACAGAUGCCAGUACAAUAUUAUGAUGUGUGUCACGCCUUCAGCUCUGCAGUGUUUGAUCAAAGUACGAUAGGUCACGAACGCCUAUAACUUACAUUUCUCUGAACAUGCUGAAGAUGAAUUAGUUCUACCUUGAAGUCAAAUCCAACAAAAUUAAUUCAGAUAUACUUCUGUGUAAAGAAAAUUGCUUAAAUACAUAAUCAAAGCCAUGAUUUUGUCAUCGGUUGAAAAUGGAGCAAUGAGCCUCAUUAUAUCUUAAUUAACAUAAAUAGAGCUUGUUCUUUGUGUGCUACCUAUGUUUUUAUAGUAAUAGAAUACAUUGAAUGAUUUAAUGUUUAGUCAUUGCUAGCAGUAAGUCGGAUUGUAUAUCCUAAGGAUUACAGAGACAGUCCAUCAAUUAAUACCAUGGGAAUAUUUCCAUAAACCAUGAAAUCCUUAUGACUGAUUGUUGACCGAUGACUGAAACAUUUCGUGUGAUGUAAAUGUCUUUUGAAUAACGUUUCACCGAUAAGGGUUCGACUAUUGUAAAUAAGCUAUCAAAUUUAUUUAUACUAUGUAAAAUACUCAUCUCUGAUCGACCAUCAAUGUCUUUUUUCCAUGAGAUGUACUUUCAAUUUCAGAAAUUUAUCAACAUUUCAUUUAAAUGUUCUGAAUAUAUGGUUCUAUAUAUCUAAUGCUUUGUGUGUUAUCCAUUGCCGUGCAUGUUUUAACCGUCCAGUAUCCCAUUUGAAUGGUAAUUUCUUACAUUUAUUUGCUUAGGUUGACAAAAACAGUAUGACUGAAAUAAUUGAAUAAGCUAAUCAUAUGGUCACAAGGUAUGCAUGAAACUGUUGACUUGUUCAUUGUCAUUAAGAGCAAUGAAAAAACAUGUGGAAUAUAUUCAUAUCUUUGUAAGCAGGAAAACUUGCGUUUUACAAGAAAAAAGAGCAUGCGUAGUCAUGUUGUCAAAGUAUAAAUGUUCGGAUCGUGUGGUUUACCUUGAAAAACACCGACUUCACUUGGUCAUGCCUAACUCCUAUCAAAUAAAAUUAGAUCAGAUUAUUAUUUCCGGAUUCGACUUCGGCUAACUUCAAAGCGGAAAAUUUAUUUUAGAAUAUCUACUGUCAAAAAGUUCGGUAGAAUUUCAGGAUAGAUUGAUACUCGUCAUUACACCGUUGGAAUGUGUUGAUUGCCAUCUAUGACUUUCGUUUAGACUCGCAUAUAUUUACUUGUAUAACCAGUUGAGGGGGGACGGGUGUUUCACAAAGCUGUUCAUAAGUUAAAAAUAACUUUACACAUGACUGGUGACCCUUUCUUGUGCAAUAUGAUAAUAUAUCCCUAUGUAGCUGAACGAGCACCUUAGAACACGUUCCAGUCAUGACCCUUUCUUGUGCUACAUGAUACAUCCCUAUGUAGCUGACUGAGCAGUUAAGAACAUGUCCAGUCUUCACUGGUAACCCUUUCUUGUGCUUCAUGAUCUAUCCCUAAGUAGCUGACUUAGGACAUAAGAACAUGUUCCAGUCAUGACUGGUGACCCUUUCUUGUGCUACAUGAUACAUCCCUAUGUAUCUGACGUAGCACCUAAGAACAUGUUCCAGUCGUGUGUAACUUCGCGAACAGCUUUAUGAAGCACCCACUGGGAUCCGUAGCGGAAAGAGUUAAAAUCAAACGCAACUUUAAAAUCGAUCGUAAAUUCAUUUCAACCAAUCGAAAACGUGAAUUCGGAUCUUGCGUUUGAUAUUUUGACCUGUGUGUAUACACAACUCUUUCUCCAUCGGGUCCCUUAACUGCAUACUAAGGUGUUUUUUUUUAUUUCAUGUCGAAAUUAUGAAAUAUGUUCAAUACCCGAUAAGUCCGAAUUCGUCCAAUUUGUGGAUUGAAUCACCAUUGGACAAGACUCUGUAACCACGUACUUGGAUAAAUGUAUAUUUCUACAUGUUCUCAUAUUUUCUACGCAACUUUAAGCCUCAUCAAAAUAAUGUGAAAUGAUGACAAUGUUGGCGUUUUUUGUGCAAUAUCAGUCAAUGGAUAUAGGAAAUGACAAUGAAAUAGACACAAUCAGAAAAUACCAUACAAUAUUGCUUGAAUAAAACACAGGUAAUAUUGUUUUCAGUAAAUGUGUGCUAAGUUGCAUGGUCAUUAAUUGCAAUUGUGGAGAAUACAUCACUUAAUGACAAAAAGAAAAGAUAAUAGAAGUUCGCCCCUUCAAUACAAUCUUAAAUAGUAAGAUAACAACAUUCUUAGUUUUAGAUUGUCAAGACAGUAUAUACAUGUGUUCCAAACGUGAAACAGGUACUUCAUUUUAAAUACAAUAAAUUAUGUUUUUCUUUUGCAGAACAG